UGAGAAGAGACCGACAGGCUGGAAGGAGCCUGCAAGCUGAGAAACGCAAACCGGAUCGGGAAAAAGGAAGGGAUCCACUGGGGAGGACAUGGAUUCCGCAGGACAGGGCGGAGAAUUACUGGUGGCGGGGCCAGAAUAAGCGGACACUGAAGGUGGGUCAAUUCCCACGCAACACGGUGACUUCCGUGGCGGGAUUGUCCGCCCACGACAUCAGCCAGCCGCUCAAGAACAGCUUCAUCCACACGGGCCAUGGUGACACCAACCCUCAGCAGAGCUGGGGCUUCCCCGAUAAGAUUGAUGAUUUGUACCUGGGAAAUCCCAUGGACCCCCCGGAUGUCCUAGGUUUGGAUCUGAACACAGCUAGGCCGACGCAGCUCCCAGGAAGGACAAAAAGACAGCCGCCACCUCGGCCGCCCCAGCCUUCGAUCCUUCUCAAGCAGCCCUUGUACGACCCAGUGAACGAGGAAGAGCCCCCCCUGGCGAUCAGCCUCAAGCAACUUUGCCUGAAAAAGAAAGCCGGUUCGGGGGUCCGAGGAGGCCUGCAGGUCCCCAAGCCCUCCGCUUGCGUCUCCGGCACCAAGGUGGGCGAGCGGUUGCUGCUGCCCCGUUCCAGAGGGGGCGGCCCCGUCGCGAACGAGGUGACCCUCAUAGACUUUGGGGACGAGCUCCUUCCCGCCAGCCCGUCUCCCGUCGGGGACUUCUGCGCCCCCUCCUUGGCCCGCCUGGCCAUGGAGGCCUUCUCCUUGUUGGACAAGACCCCUCCUCAGAGCCCCACCCAAGCGCUGCCCCGCCCCUUGCACCCCACGCCCAUCGUGGACUGGGACGCCCGGCCUCUGCCUCCCCCGCCGGCCUACGACGACGUGGCCCAAGACGAGGACGACUUUGAGGUCUCUUCCAUCAACAGCACCGAAGGGCUGGUGGGACAGGCGCGGGGCCGAGCCUGGGACAAAGGGGAGCUCAACGGCGGCUUCGCCCCCGAAGGAGACCGCCCGGCUCUCCCCUUGGAGGACAACCUCUUCCUGCCCCCCAAGGAGAACAAGCAACCCAGCCCGGCUCAAACCACGGAGAUCUUCCAAGAACUCCAGCAGGAAUGCAUGAAGCACCUCAAUGUCCCCUUGGGGGGACCUUCCGUGGCCGCCAUCACCAGUCCAGGGGAUGACAAGCCGCAAAUCCCGCCCCGCGUGCCCAUCCUGCCCCUCCCGUUCCGCCGGAACGAGCCCAGCCGGUGGUCCGGGGACCUCUCGCCCGCUUCCGGAGGAGGAGUCGGGGAGGAAGCCCGCCCGCCCCAGAUCCCUCCGCGAGAUCGGUUGUCCCAACCGGGAUCCAGAACUCCCAGCCCGAGGGCCCUCCACGGCGGAUCUCCCCAGCCGAGGACCAACCUCUGCUCCCCGCUUUCUCUGGGGGCCUUCCUCUCCACCUCCCCCGGGAAGCAGCCCAUGCCCACCACCCAGAGUUUCGCCUUGGACCCCAAAUAUGCCACCCCCAAGGUCAUCCAGGCCCAGGGGAAGGAGAGCGUCAAGGGCCCCUGCAUCCUGCCCAUCGUGAAGGACGGACGCAAAGUCAGCAGCACCCACUACUAUCUCCUUCCCGAGCGUCCGCCGUACCUGGACAAGUACGAAAAGUUCUUCAAGGAGGCGAAGAGCCAGGAGGACAGCGUGGUGGCGCCCAGCCGAGCGGUCACCACGGCAACGGUGCGGCCCAUGAUCCAGCAGCCGCCAGACUACAAGGCCAACUUCUCGUCCAACAACAGCAACAGCGCCGUCAAGGCCACCUGCGGUCUCCAGAAGAUCAUCUACGAUAGUUCGGAGGGCCCCCGGAGUUCGGAAAAGAUACGGCUGGUCCAGGAUACUGUGCACGGUGUCACCACCGAAGAGUGUAAAGCCGCCCUACAGAAUCACAACUGGAACGUGCAAAAGGCUGUCCAGUAUCUGAAGGUGGAGCAGCUCUUUUGCCUGGGCCUGAAGACGAGGCUGGAAUGUCACAAGAUUCUGGAGAUGUUCAACUGGAACUUGGAGCAGGCCAGUUCUCACCUGCUGGACCCCUACAAUGCUUCCCAACUCAAGCGGUGAACAGCAUUCAUCUUCUCAAGCAAUUGACCCCUGGGCGGCGUGGGGGGGAAUGCCCAGAAUUGUCUUCCCAACCCUAUUGGACCAAGAGUCGCUUUCGAGGCUGUGGACGAUGGAUUCCAGAGAGGCCACCCUGGAGCUAGGACUGCUGUGAACAGCCAGCAGGGUCCCCCCCUGCCUCCCCUCUCAGCCGGGGACUGCAGCCCGCUCCCCUCUCUUGCAGAGAGAGCCAGGCUCCGAGGGGGCUUGCGCCCUCCGGCUUCGGCUCGACCUCCUCGCUGCUGGAUUCCUUUUGUAAAGAGAAGUGUUAACAUUAAUAUAUAUAUAUAAAUACUCGG